AUGCCCUUAGCAUUAUGCAGCUCUGCCCUCUUUUUCCUUGUCCAAAAUGUCACCGCUAUCGGCGGAAACAAAGUCAACAUUACAGAUGUUGUAGGGUUUGUUCAAGAAGACAAUGAACGCGAUACGAUUUCCCUGCUUAUCAGCUGUUUCGCCACGCUUGGGCUGUGUGUUUAUUCGGCUGUUCACCUAAACGUACCGCACAAGGGCGAAGGCAACUAUCGAGUGCUAUCAAAGGAACUCCAAUGGUGUGUUCUAGGCCUAUUUGCACCAGAGUUGAUAUUGUAUACCGCCUGGAGACAGCUGGCUUCCGCAAGACAGCUAUGCUUUGAGAUAGAAAAUAUAACAAUGACUGAGACUCAUAUGAAGGACCCAAAAACCCCAUGGACUAUCACACAUGGACUUUACGCUAGUAUGGGCGGUUUCGCCCUCGACCUAGACAGCACUGGCCGUCGAAGUUCGACAUUGUUCAAGGAUGUGACACGUCUCACUUUAACGGCGAAAGGUGUCUUACUACUCGCCAAGUGCGGACAUAUUGUGGAGAUAUCCCUCGAAGAGAUCAAGGACAAAAACAAAGCAGACGGCCUUGCAAAAUUACUUGUGUGCAUCCAAGCAGGAUGGAUGAUUGUCCAAGUUAUCAGUCGGACUGCCGUCGGACUGCCGACCACCUUGCUCGAAGUACACGUUGUAGCCCAUGUUGUUUGCGCGCUCGUCAUGUACAUCCUAUGGUGGCACAAACCUCGUCAGGUAGCCUCCCCCACCAUCUUGAAGGGGGACUUGAUGCCUUUGAUCGCCUAUAUGUACAUGGCCAGCCGAAUGAGUGGGAAACAACCACAGGGCAAGCUCGCUAUCUUCCGAUCAGCCACUCCUGAACUGGCAAAGCUGGCUUACUUUGAAGACGAAAAUGUAACAAGCUAUAUGUGUAGCAACAGGGAAAGUCUGAAUACAACUUGCCUCCCUACUGCCGGUAGAUUGCGACCACGGCCCAAUAUCCAAAUCGCGAAUCAAGAAGCUGAGACAGCAUCAUGCAACUCUCCCAUGGAAGCUACGUCCGAGUUGCAAAGUCUUGCAGAAAAGGCUAUCAAGCUAUAUCCAGUCCUUAAAGGUCAAUUUCACCCUGUAUUCGAGACAGAAUGCUCAGAGCCGUCAUACAAGAUACCCGAAGUAACCGAGCUGGUGCAACCAUACGCCAUCGACUGGCCCAACGAUGGUUUACUUCGACGCACCCAAUCACUCGUCAUGGGAAUGGUGCUUUGGGGCGCGUCUAUGGCAUACGGCGGCAUACACGUAGCUGCAUGGAAUUACUUCUUUUCCACUCGAUUAGAGCAACUGUUUUGGCGCAUGAGCUCAGUAUGGGUAACCUUUUGCGCAGCCUUUUGGCUGGUGACUAACCUCUUGGCCCAUGUUUUUCCUCUCAUCGACAGGAUCUGGAAUGCCUACAACCAGCGGACAUUGAGCGUUCUGAGCACAGCAUUCAUUACGACUCUUUGCGUUUUAUGUGGGGUAAGUUAUAUUGCCAGUAGGGCAUACAUAGUGAUAGAGGCUUUUGUGAGUAUAAGGGAAGUUCCGCGAGGCGUGUAUGAGACGCCGACGUGGUCACAGGUUUUUCCUCAUCUGUAA